AUGGCUGGGCGACCGGGUGAAGGUCAGGCUCCUUCGCAGAUGCGUCCACAAAGUAAGCGUUUGCAGCAGACCCAGGCACAAGUCGACGAGGUUGUCGGAAUAAUGAAGGUGAACGUCGAGAAAGUGUUAGAAAGGGACGCAAAACUUUCACAGUUAGAUGACAGAGCAGACGCGCUUCAGGAAGGGGCUUCGCAGUUCGAGAAAAGUGCCGCAACUCUAAAACGAAAAUAUUGGUGGAAAAACUGCAAAGUACUGAUCGAAUAA